AUGCUUUACUUCAAAUUGUUCAUUGUCGUUUUAUAUAUUAAUUUUGCGUCUGCAUGUCACCCUCAAUUUGAAAAAGAACUGCGCUAUCUUGAUUUAUACUUGGGACUGAUCCCGGAAGACGAUGGAGAACUACCCGUGAAAGACAAUUCCAAAUUCGCAUCGUAUAUCGCUUCUUCUGGCGAUCUCGAUUGCUCCUUCGAUGAGAAAUGCCUAUGGAAAAACUCCAAAACCGAUAGUCUACUUGAUACAUCCGAGUGGUGGUACUUCCAAAAAUCGGAUGAUAAGCCUUUUCCUGUUCAAAUACAGCCUGGAAAACAGGAUAUAAAAAAAGGAACACAUUUGAUAGUAGCAGGUAAUACGACAACUACGUCGGAAAGUGCCGUUCUGUUGAGUGCCCCAGUCGCUUGCCAAAAAGGCUUUGGAAACUUAACUUUUAGCUAUUGGUUGUAUAACAAUGCCAAGUUGGAAGUGGUUAUCGUUAGAGCCUCAAACAGAAGAACGCAUUUACAAGCAUUAUUACGACCUUCCAUGGACUGCCAUUUCCUCCGUCCAGCUAAUGACAUCUGUACCGUUCAGAUUCCUCCGAUAGAUGAACCAUACCGUAUUGCUAUAAGGGCUUUUAAUCUUAAGGAUAAUGUCGUGGGUAGCAUGGCAUUGCUAUCAAAUAUAUCAUAUUCUGCCACGGUUUGUGGAGAAUCUCCAUUCCCUUCUGUUUUCUCAAGCUCACCUCUUAAUCCAGUUGUUUCUAAAGAUAUAAACCAACUUUCGGAUCUUAAUUGCGAACGGCCUUUGUCUAACUGCAUGUGGGAGAAUUCAUACCCGUCAUUAUCGGAAUGGAAAGUGGGGAGAAGCUUGGAUAAAUGGCAGAAGAUGAUGGAUUCAUCUAAGGAUGAGCUCAAGCCGAAUUCUUCGUUUUUGUUCCUUGUAGUAGAUUCACUUUCACCUCGCCCAUACUCUGUUUUACGUAGUCAUAUUAUUCCUUGCACACAAAGAGCAACAACACUUUCAUUCAGGUACUGGCUGAAGACUGGGACACAAGUGGAAAUCUGCUCCGUGGAUGAGAAGAAUGUCCCGCUCAGUUGCGCAUACCUAACUGAAGAAGAUGCUCCCGGUCCCAUUGAGGUUGAUGCUGAAGCGUAUGAUCAACCUUUUCGGUUCACAGUUGAAAUAAUUGCUUUCGAUGAAACAUCCGUUGGGCUCGUAGCAUUAUCAGACAUCAAGGUAACUGGGCUUUUAUGCAAAGAAGAACCACCACCAGUCGUCACAACUAUCAAUCCUCCAAUCAUAUCCUCUAUGUUCGGGCUACAACAAGGUUACGGAAGUCUUGCUCCUUAUCCACUUACACUGAGCUGCGACUUUUCCCAAGAUUACUGUAGUCAAUGGGUGAACGACGACGGCCAUGUUGUUUAUGGAGCUGCUCCAAGAAGUUCGGACAAGUUCCCAAUACCUCCACACAUAAAAGGCAACGUUGCUGUAUUCAUGUUAGAGAAGCAAACAUCUUCGAUUUUAAGAUCUAGAGAAGUUUCUUGUGCGAAGCACGCUACCGUCACAGUGAACUAUAUGAGAUCCCAGCAUACAAACUUCUCGAUUUGCGCUAUCGACAGAUGUGUUAGAGCCAAAGAUAGCUCUGGAUCUAUUUCUAUCACAAUCUCGUCGCCAACACCUUUUGAGUUCAGCCUAGAGGCAAAAAGCACAUCGAAUUCAAUAGUAGUUAUAAGCUCAAUACAAGUCGAAGGUGACAUUUGUCCUUUACGUUCGGCAGAGAAAAUAAGUUGUGAUAAAAUCGAGUGUGGUUUCAGAGAUUCUUUAUGUGAAUAUAAAUCUCCUCUAAUACGGUUGGGAGAUGUAGCUGUCACAACAGCAUUGAAUGGUGCCGAAGCCAUUCUCAAUCAAACAUCAACUCGCUCAAUUCUUUUGAGUCCUGUUUUUGAUCUUCAAAGCCCAGUUGAUCUAAGAAUAGUUAUAACACAAAACGCGUUUGGGUCACGUCUUCUUAUUUGCCCGACAGUAGAUAGUGAGUCUGAAGACUGUCAUGAAUUGCUUGGACCGAAAGUAGAAAGAUCAUCAACUCAUGAUUUGACAUUUGCUUUGGAUGCAAGAGCUAGACAGUUUGCAAUUGUUAUGCUACAUCCUCAUGCGAUGCAGUUUGGCGAUGCAAUGUUCAAAGUUCAUAUGAUUCGAAUGCAGACCGCAAAUGGAACAUCUUUUUGCUAA